CAGCGAUUUCCUAUUGUAGCCGUCAGUCACUCGUCUUCGACCGGUGUGGGCAGUUGGAUAUAAGGGAGACCAUCAUGUUGACCGUCCACAUACAUCCGGCUGAUCGCAACACGCAAGUCGCUGCACCACCUCCCGGCAGCCUUGGCCCCGACGAGCAGUGGAGCAUCAAUCGCAACGACAAGCUCUCGCAAUGGGGAUUCUCGAUCUAUGGCAUUCGCGACGCCUACUCUGGGUACAUCUUGGAUGCUACUCUGCUUCCCAGCAGCAAUAUGAGUAAAAAUGCGCAAUACUUUUACGUCUGUGCUGUCUAUGAUCGACAAGGCUUUCCUUUACAGCUCGCAAGCAAUCGGGAGAAUGAAAUGGACUUGACGAGAGAUACCCAGAAAUUGUUCAGGCAGAUGCGCCCUCUCAACAAAACACAAUUCAAGAAACAUUCCCCCAACGUCGAGCAUCGCUCUCAGAAGCACGUCGGUAUUGAGAUCCAGUGGAGUACAAUCUGGCGCAACGUCCUGGGCACGUUUGAGAAGUACGUUGCACCGGAAGAGCAGGAGGAUUUCUCCUUUGAUGACCCAGUCCAUCGUGUCUUGUUCCAUUGGGUCACCGUCCCUGUUAUCAAGUCGAUGCUGGAGGAGGAGGUAAAAUUCCAUCGCACCUAUCCCGUUCGACGCCAACGCAAAAAGGCCCUCAAUCCAUCCGGAGGAUCACGAGAAGAUGCCUAUCAUGAUGGCUUCCCGGGCGCCUCUGAUUGCUUGACCAAUUUGUGGAUCAUGGGCAAAGAAGGGUCCCAGAUGUUUGAGGAUCUGCUUGUCGAAACACAGGACGAGGCAACGCUCACUUGGUGGGAUGAUGAUCAGGAGAAGAUACUGGAAACCGCGCAUGCCCGAGUAUUCGCCAAACUGGGGAUGUGUCCACUUUUAGAAGAGAUAGGGGUUGCCGGUGUGUGGACGCUGUUCGGGCCGAUGUUGGAGCUGGUCCAGGCGCCUCUUGAGGCGUACUUUGAGAGCAAGUAGAAAAGAGCAAUCUAGAGUCGGGUGUGUAUAUCCCAGAUGCAGUUGUCCAUAGAGU